GUCGACCUCCUAAUUCUCUCAUCUUCCUCGUAUAACCCUAGAGGCUCUCCUCGCACUCCACGAAUCCUUGGUGAGCUCCGUGCUUCCGCCCAAUCCCCCCUCUCUCCGAUCCUCCUCCCCCUCGCUCUCCCCGCCUCACGACGAGCCGCCCGCGGCCAGUUGCAGGCCCCUCCUCGCACGCUGGAUCUGUCGCGGCAGCUCCCGCCGGCCGCCUACUACUACUGCCUGCUUUUCGCGGCGGCGGCUGGGCUCAUCGGCGGCGUCGCGCACUAUAUGCUUCCUCGGAAGCGGGAGGUCGUCGCCAGCGAGGUCGAUAACUUGCAGAAGAAAACCCGCCCCGCUGCCGCCGACGACGCCAUGGCCAGGCCCACGGAGAUCGACGAGGACCUCCACAGCCGCCAGCUCGCCGUGUACGGCCGCGAGACCAUGAAGCGUCUCUUCGCCUCCAACGUCCUCGUCUCCGGGCUCCAGGGCCUCGGCGCCGAAAUCGCAAAGAACCUUGUGCUUGCGGGUGUCAAGUCUGUAACUUUGCAUGAUGAUGGUAAUGUGGAGCUAUGGGACUUGUCAAGCAACUUUUUCCUCUCAGAGAAGGAUGUUGGGCAAAACCGUGCUCAAGCUUGUGUUCUGAAGCUACAAGAUCUCAACAAUGCAGUUGUCAUCUCCACUCUAACUGGUGAUUUGACCAAGGAGCACCUUUCUAAGUUCCAGGCUGUAGUCUUUACUGAUAUCACCUUAGAAAAGGCAGUUGAGUUUGAUGAUUACUGCCACAACCAUCAGCCACCCAUUGCUUUCAUUAAGUCUGAAGUCCGUGGUCUUUUUGGCAGUGUCUUUUGUGAUUUUGGUCCUGAGUUUACUGUUUUGGAUGUCGAUGGAGAGGAACCACAUACAGGAAUUGUGGCAUCGAUCAGUAAUGACAACCCAGCGCUAGUCUCUUGUGUCGAUGAUGAGCGACUGGAGUUCCAGGAUGGUGACUUAGUUGUAUUCUCUGAAGUUCAUGGAAUGACUGAGCUGAAUGAUGGAAAGCCAAGAAAGGUUAAGAACGCCAGGCCUUACUCUUUCUUUCUGGAAGAAGACACUUCCUCAUUUGGCACAUACGUCAGAGGUGGGAUUGUCACACAGGUCAAGCCACCAAAGGUUCUUAAAUUUAAACCCUUGAAAGAGGCCAUGAAAGAACCAGGAGAAUUUCUUAUGAGUGAUUUCUCUAAGUUUGACCGCCCCCCUCUCUUGCAUUUGGCUUUCCAAGCUUUGGAUAAGUUCCGGAAUGAAUUGAGACGAUUCCCUGUCGCUGGUUCUACUGAUGACGUGCAAAGGCUGGUAGAUUUAGCUAUUAGCAUUAAUGAAUCUCUGGGUGAUGGGAAACUCGAAGAAAUUGACAAAAAGCUCCUGCAACAUUUCGCAAGUGGUUCCAGGGCUGUUCUGAAUCCUAUGGCUGCAAUGUUUGGUGGUAUUGUAGGUCAGGAGGUUGUGAAAGCAUGCUCGGGGAAAUUUCAUCCGCUUUAUCAGUUCUUCUAUUUCGAUUCUGUCGAGUCUCUCCCUGUUGAGCCUUUGGAGCCUGGUGAUUUGAAGCCAGAGAACACAAGAUAUGAUGCACAGAUCAGUGUGUUUGGAUCUAAGCUUCAAAACAAACUGGAGCAGGCAAAAAUCUUUAUGGUCGGCUCUGGGGCGCUCGGGUGUGAAUUUCUGAAGAACCUGGCACUGAUGGGCAUUUCUUGCAGCCAGAAUGGAAAGCUGACUGUGACAGAUGAUGAUGUUAUUGAAAAGAGCAAUCUCAGUCGCCAGUUCCUUUUCCGUGACUGGAACAUUGGGCAGCCCAAGUCGACUGUUGCUGCUACGGCUGCCAUGGCAAUUAACCCUAAGCUUCAUGUCGAGGCCCUUCAGAACAGGGCAAGCCCUGAGACCGAAAAUGUCUUUAAUGAUGCCUUUUGGGAAAACCUUGAUGCUGUUGUCAAUGCCCUUGACAAUGUGACUGCAAGAAUGUACAUAGACUCCCGAUGUGUAUAUUUCCAGAAGCCACUUCUAGAAUCUGGAACUCUUGGUGCUAAAUGCAAUACACAAAUGGUCAUACCUUACUUGACAGAGAACUAUGGGGCGUCCAGAGAUCCACCUGAAAAGCAGGCACCUAUGUGCACUGUACAUUCAUUUCCUCAUAAUAUUGAUCACUGCCUGACCUGGGCUAGGUCUGAAUUUGAGGGUUUACUUGAGAAGACUCCCACUGAAGUAAAUGGUUUCCUGUCAAAUCCUAGCGCAUAUGUAGCUGCAGCACGAACUGCUGGUGAUGCACAAGCUAGGGAUCAGCUUGAACGUGUUAUUGAAUGCCUUCAUGGAGACAAGUGUGAGACAUUCCAAGAUUGUAUUACCUGGGCCCGUCUUAAGUUUGAGGAUUAUUUCUCCAACCGUGUGAAGCAGCUGACGUAUACUUUCCCAGAAGACUCGAUGACUAGCUCUGGUGCUCCAUUCUGGUCUGCACCAAAGCGGUUUCCACGACCUCUUGAAUUCUCGUCGACGGAUCCAAGUCAGCUUAGCUUUAUUUUAGCUGCUUCGAUACUAAGGGCAGAGACAUUUGGAAUACCCAUACCUGACUGGGCCAAAACUCCAAACAAAGUGGCUGCUGAAGCUGUUGACAAGGUGAUUGUUCCUGAAUUCCAACCAAAACAGGGGGUUAAGAUAGUUACAGAUGAGAAGGCAACUAGUAUAUCGUCUGCAUCUGUUGAUGAUGCUGGUGUCAUUGAGGAGCUUAUCACGAAGCUAGAACAAAUUUCCAAAACACUGCCACCGGGGUUCCACAUGAACCCAAUACAGUUUGAGAAGGAUGAUGACACCAAUUUCCAUAUGGACGUGAUAGCUGGUUUUGCCAACAUGAGGGCGAGGAAUUACAGCAUUCCUGAAGUGGACAAACUGAAGGCUAAAUUCAUAGCCGGCAGGAUUAUCCCUGCCAUUGCCACAGCAACCGCAAUGGCCACUGGCCUUGUCUGUCUAGAGCUUUACAAAGUCCUUGCCGGCAGGCACAAGGUUGAAGACUACCGCAACACGUUUGCAAACCUGGCAAUCCCCCUCUUCUCCAUUGCCGAGCCGGUCCCACCCAAGACCAUCAAGCACAAGGACUUGUCCUGGACGGUCUGGGACCGGUGGACCGUAACAGGCAACAUCACGUUACGGGAGCUCCUGGAGUGGCUCAAGGAGAAGGGGUUGAACGCAUACAGCAUAUCGUGCGGCACGUCGCUCCUGUACAACUCCAUGUUCCCCAGGCACAAGGAGCGGUUGGACAGGAAGGUGGUCGACGUUGCCAGGGAGGUGGCCAAGAUGGAGGUGCCAUCGUAUCGGCGCCAUCUGGAUGUUGUGGUGGCCUGCGAGGAUGAUGAUGACAAUGACGUUGACAUCCCACUCGUAUCUGUCUACUUCCGUUGAAAGGAUUCCCUCUGAAUUGACAUCAUCUCGUGUCCCAUCUUUCCAGUGAGUUACUUUAUAUAGUUAUACUGUAAACUGAGCUGGGGUUUAAAGCAAUAUUACUGAUUUUCGUAUGCACCGACUUGUUAGAGCUCAGUUCAGAUCCUUUGGAAAAUGUGGUGUCGAGCUUGAUACCUCACCGUGAUAAUUGAUGCAUGGCACCGUUGAACUUGAA